ACAUAGGCUAAUUCACAAUGAUUGCAGACAUUGAAGAGCUUUCCUCUGCUGAGGCGAUUGAAAGAGUGGUGGAGUUCAUGUCAACACUCCCAACAGAAAAUGGGUGGAAUUCUUUCCAGCCUCUUCGCUUAUACGAAGGCUUUUGGACCUUCGCUCAUUUCCUCGAAAGCAUCAUAUUAGCUCAACACCGCUUCAAGCCUAAACCAGGCGAUAUCUUCCUCUGUAGCGCUCCGAAAAGUGGAACUACAUGGCUCAAAGCACUGAGUUUCGCCAUCGUCACUCGAAACCUUUACGACACCUCCAAUAGUCCAUUACUUACCAAGGGUCCUCAUCAUUGUGUCCCAAAUAUGGUCGGGUUUGAAUAUAAACCAGACGUCCGUCAACCAGGGAUCCCACUCAUACCCACCCAUGCACCUUACCAUUGUUUGCCCAAAUCUGUUUUGGGUUCCGAUGAUGUUAAAGUUGUUUACAUUUGUCGGGACCCGAAAGAUGCGUUCGUUUCCAUGUUUCACUUUGCAGCCAAACGAAGGCCUAAGGAAAACGAACACAUUGCGAUAGAGGAGGCUUUUGAGCUUUUCUGUCUAGGGAGGUCUGUUUUUGGACCGGCUUGGGAUCAUAUUCUGGGUUAUUGGAAAGCUAGUCAAGAACGACCGGAAAAGGUAAUGUUUUUGAAAUACGAAGAAUUGAUGAAUGAUAGUGAGUUGUAUGUGAAAAAAUUGGCUGAGUUUAUAGGGUACCCUUUUAGCUUUGAAGAAGAACAAGGUGGGGGUAUGAAGAAACUAAUAGAUUUAUGCAGUUUUGAGAACUUGAGUAAUUUAGACGUGAACAAGACGGGAAAACGACAUGAAGACGACGAUGAGGCAACGAACAAGACGUUCUUCAGAAAAGGCAAGGUUGGGGAUUGGCAAAACCAUCUUACACCCGAGAUGGCUAAUCGGCUCGACAAUAUAGUGGAGCAAAAACUGAGUGGAACCGGUUUGAGUUUCGAACUCAACAAUGGAUCAUCUUGAUGGACUAAAAUCAUUUGUCUUUCGGGUAAUAAUUGUGUUCAUUUGCAACUGUGUUUGGUUGGGAUGCUUUGAAUUUCUUGUUCAAAGAUCCAAACAUGUUAUUGAAACCUAUUUCUCUCUGUUAUUGAGAUUCAUGUUUGGAAUAA